GGGGGAAAUGCCCAACAAUUAUUAACUCGUCCAGCAGAACACGGCUCUUUACUCUGCCUUCAGAUCGUGCUUUCAUUUCUGCAAAAUGUGUCUCAGGACUCUUGGAUUUGUCCUCGUUUUGUUUCCUGGAUUGCUUCAAGCACAGGGUUGUGAUCCUCCCAGACUGGUUCAUGGUAACUUUCUCCCCAGACAAGAGACUUACUCUGACAGAACCACGAUCACUUAUUCCUGUGAUAACGGAUAUAAACCUGUAGUGAAGGGUUGGUGGGCAACCAGUACCUGUGAACGUGGGAAAUGGUCUCAUGAACCACAAUGUAUAGAUGAAAGCAGCUGCCUUCCACCAACUAUUCCCAAUGGAAAGUACCCUGAAAACUCAAACGGCUGGUAUGAGGCUGGAAGCAUACUAACGAUAACAUGCAAUGGAGGAUUUGAGCACCAAAACCAGAUCACCACCACUACCUGUGGAAAUGGAAAAUGGUCCUCUGCACCAGUCUGUGAGAGAAGUAUGAGCGCAUGCGGUGCACCUCCUAAAAUCCCCCAUGCAGUCAUCAUUAAUCAGAGGUACCAGGAGGUGUUUGCAGCAGGUUCAGAAGUGCAGUAUGUGUGUGAAGACGGAUAUACUGCACACACCGAGAAAUCUGUUUGUAUACAGGGAAACUGGACACCAGUGCCAACAUGCAGAUCUUCAAAUGAGAGAGACACACGUCUUCGUUAUACACAAAUUCAAAAUUGCGGAAACUUCCCUGUUAUUGAAAAUGCUGUUACUCAGCAAACUUCACAAUACUCUUUGAUAUACCGAUGCCAACGUUUGUACAGCUUAGUGGGUCCAGAAACAGUGAAGUGUAUCAGCAGUGGCAUGUGGUCAGACUUACCUGAGUGCAGAGCUAACUUCUGUGCUGUCAACACCGAUGACAAUCCUGAAUACAUGUCUGUGGGAACUGUGUACAUAGAAAAUGGUGAGGAAAAGAGAGUGGAUUGUGUGAAACCGAGCAGAUUCUCGUUGGAACAUUAUUCUAAGGUUCGGUGCAUCAAUGGAAGAAUGGAGGCAACUAAAUGUUGUAACAAGGUGGAGCAUGCAGCGGCAAGUCUAUUCGACUGUGACUAAACCUGUAGCUGAGGAUUUGCUCACCACUUUGGAGCUUUUAAAGGAGACACCUGAUAUUUGAUCGCAUCGUCACAUCCUGUGUUAGCUUUUCAUUUUCAUCUUCAAACAUUUAAGAGAAAAUGGUUUGUGUGCUCUUAUUUGAGACACAAACACCACCAAACUGAAUAAAGUCUCCGAUUUUACCAUCAAAACUG